AUGUCACCUGCGGGGCAUCUCGUCGCGACGGGGACAGCCCAGCACGGCACUUCCGUGGGCCACUCGAGACUCCCUCGCGCGUCCUUUCUCGCCGCGUUGCUGCUCGUUUGCCGUGCGCUCGGCCUCCCCUUCUGGACAAAGUUCGUAGAGCCUGUGCGAGGAGACUUACCCGCUCACUGCCUCGUCCGACAUGUUUUAGGAGAAUGGGAGAUCCAAGAGGGACUCUGGCUGCCGUGCAAAGGCGAACUUACGGCAGCGGCGGCCCAGCUGCACGACCCAUACUGCGGAUACGGCGUCCCAGAUAAGAUCGACGCUCACGAUCCCAUGACCCCUCCCAACAUUUCGCCGAGUUUCCAUCUGCUUCGGACCUCGCGGUUCACGCUUCACCCCGAUUUCCGAGUGGACUUUGACGACGGAUCCACAGGGGUUUGGACGCUCGUGUACGACGAGGGACUCCACUUUGAGGUGACAACUCCUCAAAGCCGGCGCUUCUUUGCGUUCUUCAAAUACGAAGUUGCUCCGGAUGGCCGAAACCUAGCGUGGAGCUACUGCCACACGACUCUCGUCGGGUGGUGGGAUCGGGUUCCACAGGGAGACGCGGUUCGUCAGUCUUUGGAGCCGACACCGCCAGCUUACGACGUCCCCGAGCUGGUGGUCCCCGAGACACCCGCUGACCAGCUGCUGCACUCGCUCAAGCGCGGCUGCUGGUGGGGCCGCAAAGUGGGAGAAGAUCUCUCGGUGCCGACGAACGAAGUUCCCAAAGAGCGCCGCACGCCUUUGGAUGUUCCGAUUUGGCCUACUUCGCUUCCCCCGGAUAUCCAGUCGGUCGCUGCGGUAGUGCGGAAAAGCCUGUCAACCGAUGCCCCGUGGGAGCCCGUGGAAGACGACUACAUCGAAAUCCGAGGACGGAAGUUGCGGUCGAUACAGGAAGUCUGGGAGAAUGCAGGGAACCAACCGCUGCUGAUGUCCAGGCAGCAUAUAGAGGGGAGGCGAGCGACAGUCAAAGCCAGUUUGCCCCUCCACGUUCUCUCCGGGGUCCAGCCCUUUGGAAGCCCCGCCGGGUCCGAGCCUCCCUGGCGAACGAUUCGAGAAUUUGACUGGUCAAACGAAGAACAUGUCGCUCUACGGAUAGGAAGGCGGCGCUCGGUGGUGCCGGACGCGCCGAACCAAGGACGCUGCGGCUCGUGCUACGCGAUCUCGACGGGCACCGUGCUCACUUCUCGAUUGUGGAUUCGAUACGCGGCGAACGAUGACGUGUUCGGCAAGAUUAACGUCAGUGCUUUUCAGGGAACCAGCUGCAACGUGUAUAACCAAGGUUGCGGCGGCGGCUACGUUUUUCUGGCGCUGAAAUUCGGCCAAGAGCACGGUUUCCGCACAGAAGAGUGCGUGCAAGAGUACACGAGAGAAGCGCACCACCGCAGCAGUCCCCUCUCGCCCUCCUUGCAGACUUGCCACGACCUCGGCGGCCAGCUCGGCACGUCAGCGUACGGCUGUCGAGCUCCGCCGGCGCGGUCGUCUUUGCCGGAGUCCUGCAGUGUCUCCAUCAAAGUCGCUUCGUGGCAGUACGUUGGAGGCGUUUACGGAGGCUGCUCGGAAGAUGCCAUGCUGCGAACGCUCUGGGAGCACGGGCCGAUGGCUGCGUCCAUCGAGCCGACAGUCGCCUUCACCGUCUACAGGAAGGGCGUUUUCAAGUCGGCGUACAACAGCCUCGUCCAGAAAGGAGAAAAUUGGGUGUGGGAGAAGGUGGACCACGCAGUGGUAGUCGUCGGCUGGGGCUGGGCGCGACACGGAGACAAAUGGUUGCCUUACUGGAAAGUGAGAAACUCGUGGGGAGCGAGGUGGGGAGAGGGCGGCUACGCCAGAGUGAUUCGGGGCGUCAACGAGAUGGCUAUCGAACGCGUUGCGGUGGUAGGGGAAGUUUCCCUUUUCCGGGAUGGCAAACACAUUCCCCCGACGCCAGCUAAGGAGCCCACCACAUCGCAGCUUGCGGCAAAUUCCUCAACAGAGCCGUCAGGAAACCGCGAGUUCUCCGUUGAAACACUCCCUACUCUACGCGGAGUAACGGUGAUGCGCGCCGCCCGGACUCACCAACCCUCUGAAGACGACCGAGAGGCUGGAGAGUCGGAGUCUGAAGCCGCCUCAGAGCAGGCAGGCGCUCCGGAGGAUGCGGAUGAAUCCCGCAUUGACGCGAAGUUUGCAGCGCCACAACCGUCUUUCCUUUCCCAGUCAGUCAAGCGUCACAGGACUUAG